AUGGCCGAAGACGUCUCAUCUGAUUGCGAAAUCGUCCCUACAGGAGACGGUCGCACCUUCCAUUUCCGGGUAAGGCUCUCGUCGCUCCGUCCUGGCCACGCUCUACGCAGCAGGACCGUCGACCUUGCUGGAUGCAGUUGCGCUGUAGGUUGCUUGCCCCGAGGUUCGUCCCCCAGCAUCUUGUUCGUUCUCGGUGUGCAUAGUAAUCCCGCUCUGGAAGCCGCUUCCAAGGUGUCCACCCACAUGGUUUUGCUCGAUAAGACAGGCUCGCCGGCGUCUUCGGUGGGGACAGGGAAAAUCCAAAAGUCCUCUUGCUCUGAUUAUAUGGAUGGUGUGUACGGUCUGGAAGCACGGAGGAGCGCUGUCAUGGCUAACUGUGUGGUGGACAACUACGUCGUGGUGUUGUGCUCCGUGGACAUCGACUGGACACCUCCAGCUUCAUCAAUCAAGGAUUUAGGUCAUGAUUUGGCCAUGAUGUUGGACAAACAAGAUCUGACAGAUGUUACCUUCGAUGUUGGCGGGGAGAGCAUCAGUGCACAUCGCCUGGUGCUCGCGGCCCGAUCAUCCGUCUUUAAAGCACAGCUUUAUGGCCCGAUGGCUGAAAGCAAGAUGACGUCUAUCACCAUCCAAGACAUGCAUGCCUCUGCCUUCAGAUCUAUGCUCUAUUACAUCUAUCAUGGUUCAUUGUCCAAUGCUGACAAAAAUGAUGUUUCUUCCACCAUGGCUCAAUACCAGCAUCUUCUUGUAGCCGCUGAUAGGUAUGGGUUAGAGGGGCUAAAGAAGAAUUGUGAGGACAAGCUAUGUGCCAACUGUAUCACAAUAGACAGUAUGGUCUCGUUGUUGGAGCUGGCAGAGGACCAUGUCUGCUACAAACUCAAGGCUAGGUGCUUUGAUUUCCUCGCUGAUGGUGACAAUUUCAAGAUGGUUGCGACAUCUGGUGAGUACCUCCGACUGAUGCAGACAUUUCCGACUCUGAUGGUUGAAGCACAGAACAGGUUCAAGAUACCACAUGAAAAACCGACCAGCAUGGGAACUCCAGCUUCAUCGGUAGAGCAGCUGCUCCUGGAUUUAGGUCAUGAUCUGGCCAUCAUGUUUGAUAAUCAAGAUCUUACAGAUGUUUCCUUCGAUGUUGGCGAGGAGAGCUUUAGUGCACAUCGCCUGGUGCUCGCGGCCCGAUCGCCCGUCUUUAAAGCGGAGCUCUAUGGCCCGUUGGCUGAAGGCACAAUGACUUCUAUCACCAUCCAAGACAUGGAGGCCUGUACCUUCAAAUCUAUGCUCCAUUACAUGUAUCAGGGUUCACUGCCCAAUACUGACACAAAUGAUGUUUCUUCCACCAUGGCUCAAUGCCAGCAUCUGCUUGUUGCUGCUGAUAGGUAUGGGGUAGAGGAGCUAAAGAAGAUUUGUGAGGACAGGCUAUGUGGCACUGGUAUCAUGAUUGACAAUGUUGUCUCUAUGUUGGAGCUGGCAGAGGACCAUGGCUGUCUCAAACUCAAAACUGAGUGCUUUGAUUUCCUAGCUAAUGGUGAACAUUUCAAGUUAGUUGCGACAUCUGCUGAGUACUUCUGUUUGGUGCAGAACUACCCGUCUCUCUUGGUUGAAAUGCGGAAUAGGUUCAAGAUAGCACAUGAAGAAUCGACUACCAUGAAUGUUGGUCCUCACAAGAGAAGCCGAGUGUGUUAG